UUUGUUGACAUCAGCAGGCAAACACGCAAAAGAAGCGAAGAAAACAAAGGAGACGAAAUGGAAAGAGAACCACAGAAGACGAAGCCGAGGAGGAACGAGCAACUGAAUUAGGACGAAAGCAACGGAACCGAACGAGGGGAGAGGAGGUGGACGACGACGACGACGUCGUAGCGGCAGCAGGCCAGCAGCAGCUGGAGGAGAAGAAACGAGGAGGGAUCUACGAGAGGAGGAGGAGAGGGAGCAGGACGAGCAAAGGCGGACGGAGAGCCCGGUCGCAUGGAGGCGGCGAUGGAUCUGAUGCGGCGGAUGCCGCCGGCCAGCGCCGAGACGGCGCUCAACGCGCUGCUCUCCCUCCUCCCCGACCACUCCCUCGACCUCCUCUCCCAGGUCGACCUCCCGCUCCAGGUUUGCAUGGAUAAGGAGACUUUGAAGGAAUACAUUCUAUGCGAGUAUAACCGUGACGCUGACUCCUACCGAUCACCUUGGUCGAACAAAUAUGACCCUCCUUUGGAAGAUGGUACAGUUCCCUCUGAAGAGAUGAGGAAUCUUGAGAUUGAGGCAAAUGAAGUUUUCUCUGUCUAUCGUGACCAGUACUAUGAAGGUGGGAUUUCAUCUGUGUACAUUUGGGAGGAUGAAGAUAAUGGUGGUUUUAUUGCAUGCUUCUUAAUUAAGAAAGAUGGAAAAGGAACACGAGGGUACAUGCAGAUUGGUUCAUGGGAUGCCAUUCAUGUUAUUCAGGUUGGUCCUGAAGAAGAAGGAGCAGCACAUUACUGCUUGAACAGCACUGUGAUGCUGUCAUUGACAACUGACAACAAGCAGUCUGGAACUUUCAACUUGUCUGGAUCAAUUAGACGGCAGGUUCUGUCUCCUGCUCUUCCCUUCUUUGCUCAUAUGAGUAUGACUCUCGCUGUAGCAGAUGGGCACCUCGUUAAUAUGGGGAAAAUGAUAGAAGAAAUGGAGGGGAAGCUGAGAAAUUCACUGGAUCAGGUCUAUUUCGGGAAGACGAGAGAAAUGGUUUGCACUCUUCGUCCGCCACCAGAAGUGCUUAAUAUGAGACUACCAGAUAGCUGAACCAGUGAAUAGUACUGUCAAUUUAACAAAAAAAGAUGUCAUGUCUUCACUAUUAUUUUGAUAGGCAUGGUCUGUUUGUGCUUUUCCUUAUUUGUUUGUACUUAGUAGUUAUUAUAGUCCGUGUAUCAGAACUGGCACCUUGUUUUCGUAGGAGCCUCUUGUCCUCCAAUUUCUUGUGAAUUAAUGAGAGAUUAGCCAAUCAUGUCAGCUGCACCUGCAAAGUUUCACCAGAA